AUGGUCACGAAUAUCAUGGGGAAGUCGUUCCGCGGGAACGUUCUGGUCCAGGCCGGGCUUGUUCAGAAGUUCUUUGGUGUCGGACACAAGACUGCCGGGGAGAUCUGCUCCAAGCUGGGCUUUUACCCGCGGAUGCGCAUGCAUCAGCUGGACGAGCCGCGGAUUCUUGCCCUGACCAAGGAGCUGUCGACGCUGAAGAUUGAGACGGAGCUUCGAAAUGAGAUUCUGCAAAACAUCCGGAUCAAGCACGAGAUCGGAUCGUACCAGGGCAUGCGACACGCCCAGGGGCUUCCGGUUCACGGCCAACGGACGCGGACGAAUGCCAAGAAUGCGAAGAAGCUCAACCGUUUAGACCGCCGUAUUUGA